AUGGGUGCAAAGGCAGCCGGUCAACCACCUACACCCUACGAGGCGAUCUCCCCCGCGAGUCCAGACACAGCAAGCUUGCCUGCCUCAUACGUCCCGCUCCAUCCCGCUGCGCCUCUUCCAGAAGUCUCGACUACCAAUGACGGAUGCGUGGAUGUCCGAGUUGGACAAAGGUUCAGCCGGAACGUGGAAUGGUUAAUGCGCCGCAGCAGCACCAGACAACCCACAGACAAACAUGAAACCUCUAGGCCAUGCCAACAACAAACAUGGCCUAUCAAACUCAAUAUCGUCAUCCAAAUCGUCGGCAGCCGUGGCGACGUGCAGCCCUUCAUUGCCCUCGGCGCAGGACUCCAAAAACACGGCCACCGGGUCCGACUGGCCACCCAUGUAACCUUCGAGCACUUUGUCACAAGCACUAGUCUCGAGCUCUACCCUCUCAGUGGGGAUCCUGCCGAACCAAUGUCCUACAUGGUUCGUAAUCCAGACCUAAUCCCAAGCAUGAAAAGCCUGCGGGCAGGCGACAUCCAAAAGAAACGUGCCAUCAUCGCGCAGAUACUCGAUGAUGCGAUUAUCGCAAAUCCGCCUAGUUUCGCACAUGUGCAUUGUGCGCAGGCGCUGGGUGUACCUGUGCAUCUUAUGUUUACUAUGCCAUGGACAAGUACGAGGAGGUUUCCGCAUCCUUUGGCGAACUUGAGGUACUCAGGUAGUGAUCCAUGUUUGAGGAAUUUGAUUUCGUAUCAUUUUGUUGAGUGGUUGACUUGGCAGGGUCUGGCGGACUUGAUUAACGGUUGGUGCAGAAAUGUGCUUGAGCUGGAGCCUGUACCAGCUACAGAAGGGCCGAAUCUUACAGCGACUCUGCAGGUGUCGUUCACUUAUUGCUGGUCUCCGACAUUAAUUGAAAAGCCACCGGAUUGGGGGUCUCACAUAGAUGUCUGUGGCUUCUUCUUCAGAGAACUGCCUGCCUAUGACCCACCAGCAGACCUCGUCGUAUUCCUUGACGCAGGUGAUACUCCAAUUUACAUUGGCUUCGGAAGCAUCGUUGUCGAAAAUCCAGAGGAAAUGUUGUCUACUCUUCUACAAGCAGUCGGAAUGGCCGGUGUACGAGCCAUAAUCUCCCGUGGAUGGUCUAACUUCGAAGCGCCCGGGAAUUCAAAUGUUUAUUACAUUGGGGACCGUCCUCAUGAACGGCUGUUUCAGCAUGUGGCUGCUGUAAUGCACCAUGUUGGCGCUGGUACGACUGCUUGUGGGUUGCGGUAUGGGAAACCGACCGUGAUUGUUCCAUUUUUCGGAGACGUCGUAGCUUCCGCAGGCGUGGGCCCGAGCCCUAUUCCACAAAAGUCCCUUACGGUAGAGAACCUAGUGGAUGCAAUCAAGUUCUGUCUAACAACCUCUGUUGCAGUUGCGGUGCAAGAUUUAGCUAGAAAAAUGAAUCAAGAAUUUGGAGUUCGGGCUGCACCCAUCGUAAUCAAUAUUCGACGAUGGGACCCUCUCACAGCCAUGUCAUCAGCCUCACUAUCAACAAUGAGCGGCAUGGCCGAUGCCACAGCAGGCAUAAUCCUUGACCCUUACCGCGAAUAUAAACGCCAUCGCUCAAUGUCAGACCCGGAAGGCACACUCACUACAGAUUCCCAAACCGGCAAUCCAAACCACACCCGCCAAAUGACCCUCCUCUCCAUCACCAGCCUAGGCAAGUUCCUCGGCCGUGUCUCCCGCGGCGCCCUCCUCGGCGUCCCCAUUGCUGCAACGGAAGGCAUGCGGUCCCUCCUGCACCUCUACGGCGGCCCCGUGCGCGACCACAACCCCAUAACAUCCUUUGAAACCGGCGCGGCAGUUGCCUGGUCCACCUUCAUGUACGGCGUCUACGAAGGCGUCACGGAUAUCUUUGUACAUACGUACCGUGCGAAGAAAGACCAGGGCGCGGUGGGUGUUGCGAAGGGAUUGAUGAAAGGACUUGUUAGUUUGACGGUGAAAACGGGGAGCGCGACGAUGGGGUUGGUUGCGUAUCCGAGCCAGGGGGCUUACCGGGGGUUGAGGAGAGGUUUAAGGGAGUUGAGGGGAGGGUUGGGGAGGGUAGGUGGGUAG